AAAAAACAAUAAAUUAAUUAUAUGUAUUUUUUUUUAAUUUCUUAAUUAACUUGUUUCUUUUAGUGAAAAUAUACAAAAUGCCGUCGGAUAAAACCAAUGGCGGCAAAUAAAGAACCUGGUCGCAGAAUAUGAGAGCAAACGGCUGUGAGAGCGCAGACGCAAUUAAAUGGAAGAAGAGAACGCGUUGUCAUAGCAACGGCUGCGGCAGCCAUCUUGGAUGUGAGAGAGGACCGUCUGUAGCGGCCAUGCUGUUGGCAAGCCACCGACACUCACCUGCGGCGGCGGCUAUUGUGAAGUUCUGUGACGUGACUGAAAUAUCGGAACCAGAGCUGCCGCAGAGCAGGCAAAUGUUGUUUGUGCUUGUGCGGCGACUUCUGCCAGGCCACAGUGCCGCAGCUGCGACGUUCGCGGCGGCCGGUAAACGAGUGCGCCUGCGUUGUGCCCGGACUCCGACCUCGUCUGGCAUGUGGAUGGAUGGCAACAGAGACAGCGGCAGUGGCAGCGCAGCGGCUGUGUCGAGGUGGAUUUUUUUUACAGGACCCCCUGAAGAGACGAGACUUUGGACGACAGCUGUUACGGACUUAGCGGAUGGAUACUUUACGCAUAGCUGCACGUCUUUAUUUCGACUCUUCAACCUCCUAUUUGUGAUGCAACCUGUCGCAUGUGGAUUUUGAGCUCCUUUGCUUGCGGCGAUUUAACAAUUUUAUGGUUUCUUCCGGUCCUAUUCAACGGUUUUAAGCCACGGCACACAACAUUGCACCCACUCGCACUCACACUCGCACUCACAGUCGCACUCGCACUCGCGCAGGCACAAUCACACACAUGCAGGGUUUACGAUCCCAGCAUCACCUCCUAGGCUGAAGACCAGGCCCGAACGAACGAGGCGGGCGUCGAAUAGUGUUUUAUUGUGAUUUUUUUCAUGUUUAUUAUUAUUUGCUGCUCCUCUCACCCAGUUUCAAUUUUAUUAGUUUAUUACGGUUAUUAUCUUUUAAUGACGCGCGCGAGCGCCGUCAGUCGAGGUUCGGACUGUUGUUGUUUUUAUAUCGCAGUCGAUUAGGUGCCCUUAUUGUUGCUCUCACGCCCAGUUAUUUAGCAAUAACGUGUGAAGUUGUUUUAAUAUUUGUUUUGAUUAUCAAAAUGGCCAGUUUCUAUUUUCCGGUCGUUGGGCGACCUCUUCCGCCCCUUCCCAACGCCAUUACGUUCCGGUAGCAUGCAGGUGCUGUAAAUCACAACACGCCGGCAGCGAUCUGACUGCACUCAACGUGGCAGUCACUCACAGCAGCAGCUCAACUUGUGACUGACCAAUAAAGCAAUUAAUUUUAAACAGUUGCUGCAGCUGCUGCUGUUGUUGCCGCUAGGGGCUUUGGAACCCCCAGCUGAUCCGACAUGGCGGCCAUAAAAAUGUUAUUUGCCAGUUCGUUAAGAGUAUUGCUUAUGGCAAAAGGAUUGAUCAAUUGUCCAGCAUUUAUCGGCAGCGCAAAGAUUUCGAAAUUAAAUAAACAAGAUAAAACGCCUAUCGUCAGCACUGCGGAGACCACAAAAACUUACCCAGGCCAAUUGUGAAUAGGAAUUAAUCCGACGUUGAUCAUUCUUGAGACGUCAAACAGAAAGUGCUUCAUAUUGAACAAAAAUCACAUUUCGCGCCAAAUUGUUUCCAUAGAGUUAUAUAGUUGUCGAUCUUGAUAAAAUUAUGAUCAUAUGUUAGCAGCAUCGAGUGAGAGACUAGUCUGACUAGUUAGACGGAUAUAAUGUUUCGGCUAUUGAUACUGGCCAAGGACAAAAGGAACUAAAAGAAUCGGAGGCGUCUCCUUUUCUGCGUUACAGGUUUGGCUAUUACACAAAAACUUAGGUAGGGUGUUUUACUCUUGCAGAGCAUCAUUUUCUUAUACCCUUACAGACGGUAUUAUAACUUUCUCGUGAAAUGUGUAACGCAUAGAAGGUUACAUCUCCGACUCCAUAAAGUAUCUAUAUUAUUGAUCAGUAUUCACAGCCGAGUCGGUCCGUCUGUAUGUUUCCCAUACAGCCAUCUUAAUGAAACUUUGCAGAAGUACUUCUUUCUGUUGCACGCAGUACAUAAGUCGGAACCAG